ACAGUAAGAUUUUAGUUAUAAAACAUGAGUAGCGUUCUGUAAGAUUUCAGGAAAAGCAAGCGUUUAACAUGAACAUUCUUUCAGUAUUUCUACUAAUGUGGAUAUUGAUUAAGAUGACCAAAGGAAAUGACCCUUUCGAGUCUUUUCUGAUCCGUCCUCAAUGUUACGAAAUGAAUCAGCCGGGUUGCAGUAAAGACUUUAUCGAUGCUUAUCCAAAACUAUCGAUGUCGUAUAACAAUCUGACGAGAGCUGACACCUUCCUUUACUUGUUUACUCCCAAAAACAUUGACCAACCUGAAUUGCUACACAAGUGCGAUGACGUCACUCCACCACAAACAAACUUCAAUCCUAAAUGCAAAACGGAAAUCAUAAUGCCCGGAUUUCUCACUGGAGUUUGCAAUGUUGCUGGUUACCGGGAAGUUAAGAAUGAACUUCUGAAGAAAGGCUGUUACAAUGUUAUUCUAGUUGACUACAUGUGGGGAGAUUCCUUUGAUCCUACAGAAGGCAUGCUCAAUGGAAGGAUAGUUGCUAGGCAACUGGCAAAGGUUAUACAAAUUCUGAAGAAAAAAUAUCACCUUUCCAGCAAAGAUUUUGUGUGCUCGGGUAUCAGUCUAGGAGCACAUAUUUGCGGUUUUAUAGGUCAAAAGACCCGACUUGGUGUUAUUAAUGGACUUGAUCCAAGUGGCUCACCUAUACAAAAGAAGACACCUCUUAAUCAAAGGCUUGACCCCAGUGAUGCGGACUGCGUUCAAGUCCUACACACGAAUGCUGGAGGAUGCUUUCCUGCACUUGGAUGCAAUUUUUCAUGCGGCACAGUUGACAUAUGGAUUAAUGGCGGUCUUGAACAGAAAGCUGCACAAAGGGAGGCUUUAGUUCAUUUUCUUAAGGGUGAUUUUGUCUAUGCUACUUUGAAUCUAGGAAUUGGAUCCCAUCUUCAGGCUAUGCAAUAUUACAAAGCGUCUAUCAACGCUAAAGAUUGCAAGUUCAUAGCAAUAAGCUGCAAAAGUUAUGAUGAUUAUAAAAAUGGAAAGUGCUCUAGCUGCGGAAGGAAAGGAAAUCAAUGCAUUUUGGUGGGAGCAGAUGCCUGCGAUUGUCUGCGCAAGAAGAAGAGUACCAAAGUUAGAAAACACAGAAGAGGCUAUUACUUGAGCACCAAUGAAACGUGCCCUUAUUGCAGUAAUGCUGGUUUGAAUACAACUAGAUUUCAUUGCACAUUUAGAAGACAAAAGCACAGAACUGCUUAGGCUGUUGUUACCAAGAUUAAGGCUGAGCUUUAUAACUUGCUUGGAAGGAAAUGCACUUUUUGAAAACCUCUAAAUAAAUAAAUGAAU